CCGGGGCGGAGCCGGAGAUGCUCCGCCCGCCGCAGAGCGGGGCUCCAGCGUCCCGACGGUGCGCGGCGGCCGGACCGGGCUAGCUGGCGGGCGGAGCCGGGCCCGCGGGGCUGCCGCGGGGCGAUCGGGCCGGGCUGCGGGCGGCGCCAUGGGCCCUUGCGUCCAGCCUGAGUUCCAGCCUCGCUGAGCCGACCGCCCUGCGAGCUUCCUCCCGCGGAAGCGUCCCCAGGCGCUGACCAUGUCUAUUAUGGACCACAGCCCCACCACGGGCGUGGUCACGGUCAUCGUCAUCCUCAUCGCCAUCGCGGCCCUGGGGGCCUUGAUCCUGGGCUGCUGGUGCUACCUGCGGCUGCAGCGCAUCAGCCAGUCGGAAGACGAGGAGAGCAUCGUGGGGGAUGGCGAGACCAAGGAGCCCUUCCUGCUGGUGCAGUACUCCGCCAAGGGACCGUGCGUGGAGAGGAAGGCCAAGCUGACCCCCAGCGGCCCAGAAGUCCACGGCUGAGCCGGGAUGCCGAGGCCCCCAGGCCCGCUUGCAGCCGGUGCGGAGGCGCGGGCGGGGGCCGCUGAGAGGCGGGGCUGACGCUUGCUGGCACGGCCUCGCCGGGCUUCGUCACCGCAUGCACGGACUCCCGACGUCCUGGCCGUCCUGAGCCAGGACCCGGUGGCCCCGGGCGUCCCCUCGGCCUCCUGGUGGGACUGCCCAUUGCAGGCAGUGGGCAGGCCUGACCUCGCCGGGGCUCUCGACCCCGUAGCGCUCUUGUUACUUGAAUGUUUAGCUGAGCCUGUUCCGGAAGGAGCUACUUCUGUAAUGCGGGGACUCACAACCCUCUGAAGUGUAAAUAGGCCCUGGAAGCAUGUGCUUAGA